AUGAUUCACUCUGAGGCGGCCCGUAAUAAGCGGAUUGAUGCUCUUGAGGGCCUGUCAUUUGUCUACUUUUGUGACCCGCCCGCCACCGGUCGCUUGAGGGCGAGGGCGGAACGCGCCGCCCACACCGGCGUCUGCUGCCGGACGAGAGGUGACGGUGACCAUCCGCUACGACCAUCCAUCAUCGGCCGGUCUCGUGUGAAUAAACUAGUGCGUUUCGCGAUGACGCGUCUCACCGCGAAAUGUAGACGCGUUUCAAAUAUAUUCCGUCUCGGGGCGAGUUCCUUCAUGCGCAUAUGCUCCGCUCGUCAAUUACGUAUGACGGAAGGACGCUCACGUCCGAAGGUGGCCGGGGGGCGGGAGGGGGGCAAGAACCGCUCCAGAUAUAUCCCCGUCCAUCAAUCCCCGCUGACAGUGACGGGUUGGAAUAACUGCCGCUGGCCGCCUUGCACACCGUACCGCUGCAGGUAUGACGCGUUUGAUAAAUAUCUCUGCUGCAACUCGACGCGAACAGAUCCUCAGUCGGGUGGCGCGCCCGCUGAGACGGGU